UUUCAUGACACACCGGUCCGCCUCACUAAAUCGUCCGUCUCAAGAUGGCGCAGUAUGCCAACAUCGUCCGAAGGGCUUUGGGACAAUUAGGAGGUCACGGUGGAGUUCGAGGUUUUUUGGUUCAAUUGCUGAGGGUGAAUGACGUGAAGACAGGAGCCCUGGUUGGUGUGGAUAAAUAUGGAAAUAAAUACUUUGAGGACAAUAAGAACUACUUCUUUGGACGUCACCGCUGGGUGAUCUACACCAAAGAGAUGAACGGAAAGAACACAAUGUGGGAGGUGGACGGCAGCAUGGUUCCAUCUGAAUGGCAUCGCUGGCUGCACUGUAUGACGGAUGACCCCCCAACCACACAUCCACCAGAGCCCAAGAAGUUCCUGGCCGAGGUCCACCAGUUCAACGUGAGUGGCAGCUCACAGCAGUAUGUGCCCUUCCCCACCACCAGCAAGAAGAUCCACGAGUGGGUUCCACCCAAAGCUGGAGCUCAGUGAAUUCUGAAUGCGAAUUCUUAAAUUAUUCUAUCUUGUGACUGCAUCCAAUACGUCCUGAAUAAAAUCUCUAUACAACGAUU